AUAAAACAAAUAUUGAACCGUUCCCUUAUUCACUUUUCCCUCUAAAAAACUAAACUCAUUUUCAACAAACCUAAAAAUCCACAACGGAGAUCAAUGAGUCAGCGGAAUCAUGGCGACGGCGACGGCAAGCAACAGUCCUCGGUACCGCCGGAUGAUCUCCGUUGCAAAAGAUCAGAUGGUAAGCAAUGGAGAUGCAAAGGUUUUAAGGUCGAAGGUAAAUCCAUGUGUGAGCAGCAUUUACACCGGAGAAAGAUAUCAUCCGCUAGUGUUAAGUCACGUGACGCAAGUGUUUCUGUCGUCAAGAGGACGGAAAGGAGACGGGAGGAACCGGAGAAGAAACGGCGAAGAAGAUACGUUGCGAGGAUCGACACGAGUGAUUCUGGUGAGAAGGCGGAUGAUUUAAGUGAACCAGAAGACGAUAAGCCUGUGAGGAAACCUCGUUUUCCUGGGACGAAAAUCAGGAGAAAGGGAGAGGGUAGGAAGGAGGAUGAGACUGUUAGUUUAGGUGAUCCAAUGAAAGUAGUAGGGGGUGAGGGUGACAAGAAGAAAUAUAUGAACAAUGAAGGGUUUCGGGUAAAGAAAAAGCGUGGCAAUGAGGAGAAAGGUUGUUCUAAUUUUAUCAAAUCUUCUGAAAAGUGUGCCAGGACUGAAUCUUCUUCGAAGGGGAAGGAUAGAAUGAAAGGAGUAAAAAUGAUUUCACAAGAGGAAGAAGAACAUGAGAAUGGUGAGAGGAGGGUUAGUAGAGUGGUGAAGAAAGGGGUUGAAUGUGAUUUUAAGAAAUCAAGGUUAAAUGGGAAGAGCAUUCAAAGUGAUGAGGAGAAUGAUGGUGGUAAUGUUUAUGAUUCUAGGAGGAAACAUUCAGCCAAAUCGCGGGAAUCUAUUGCAAAAGGUGUUGAAAAUGAGUCCUUACUUAGGAGAAGUGAUAGGAAAUUACCAGAGAAGAAAAAAGUGAAAGUUGCUUUGGAAAAGCAGAAUGAUAAUGACCAAAAUGAUUGCACAAAUCCAAAGGACACGAAGAAUGGUGAAGUAACCAGAAGAAGUGAUAAGGGUAUAAACAAGAAGGUUGAUGGAAGGAGAAAGCAUUUCAGUGCUGAUGUCCCAUAUGAUGAUUGCCAGAUGUGCCAUCAGUGCAUGAGAAGUGAUCGAAAGGUUGUUAGGUGUGAAAGAAAGAGAUGCGGUAAACGCUAUUGUAGCCCAUGUAUUGCAAGAUGGUACCCUCAUCUGUCAGAGGAAGCAAUUGCCGAGAAAUGCCCCGUUUGUCGUGGGAACUGCAAUUGCAAAGAUUGUUUACGCAAAAACAUUAGUCCUAAGGAACCAAAAUAUUUAGGAAUACCACAGGAAAACAACGAAAAAAUUAAUUGCUUGAAGUAUCUUGUGGAUGCACUUUACCCAUUUUUGAAAACAUUUAUCCAUGAUCAAACCACUGAAAAGGAGAUGGAGGCAUCAAUUAAAGGUUUGUCACUGACACAGUUAACAAUACCAAAAGCUGUCCUUUAUGAGGAUGAGCGUGUUUAUUGCAACAACUGCAAUACCUCCAUUGCCGAUCUUCAUAGAAAUUGUACAACUUGUUCUUAUGAUCUCUGUCUGACCUGCUGUCAGGAAAUUCGAGAAGGUUGUUUUCUAGGAGAUGAAGAUAAAAGGCUCCCUGAAUGGAGAGCAAAAGAAACGGGUGAAAUACCUUGCCCACCAAAGGAAAGAGGUGGUUGUGGAAAUAAUCGCCUGGAGCUUAAGUGUCUCUUUGGUGAAAAGCAGGUUGAACAAAUAAUGAGGGAUGUUGAAAACUUAGUCAAAGGAAAUUCAUCUUCCAGUGAGAUCCUCUCUGUUGAAGAACAGUGUACCUGUAACUCUAAAAAUAGAAGAAAAGCAGCUUCCAGAUCAGAUUCUGAUGACAAUUAUUUGUUCUGCCCUUCAAGUGACAUACAUGAAGGGCACCUGGAACACUUCCAGAAACAUUGGAGAAUGGGAGAGCCUGUCAUUGUAAGCAACGUUCUUGAAUUAGCAUCUGGAUUAAGCUGGGAGCCAAUGGUGAUGUGGCGUGCGUUCCGUAAUAUAGCAAUCAAGGAGGGCUUAUCAGAUUUGGUGGUGACAGCAGUUGAUUGUCUUGAUUGGUGUGAGGUGGAUAUAAAUAUUCGUCAAUUUUUUACGGGUUAUCUUGAAGGUCGAGCACACUCAGAUUCAUGGCCCGAAAUGCUUAAGCUUAAGGACUGGCCCCCAUCUACAGAAUUCGAGAAGCGGUUGCCACGCCACGGAGCAGAAUUUAUUAGAGCCUUGCCGUACAAAGAAUACACACAUCCGCUUUCUGGUAUUCUUAAUGUUGCUUCCAAACAUCCAAAUGGUAUACUGAAGCCAGAUCUGGGUCCAAAAACAUAUAUAGCAUAUGGAUAUGCUGAAGAACUUGGACGUGGAGAUUCCGUUACAAAGCUUCAUUGUGAUAUGUCUGAUGCGGUGAAUGUUUUAAUGCAUACUGCUGAUGUUACUAUUGCUAAGUGGCAGCUUUCAAAAAUUGAUGAGCUGAAGAAAGAGAAAGCUUCUGAUUCAGAUGAUCAAAAAGAACUACAUAUCACUGAUACAGAUGAUCAAAAAGAACUACAUAUCACUGAUACAGAUGAUCAAAAAGAACUACCUAUCACUGAUACAGAUGAUCAGGUGGUUGAUCUUGAAAACAAGUUUGAUGGACCAGAGGAAGAAAAUGGUGGUGCAGUCUGGGAUAUCUUUAGGAGACAGGAUGUUCCCAAGCUCGAGGAUUAUCUUAAAGAGCACCACAAGGAAUUCAAGCAUACACUUGGUUAUCCGGUGGACCAGGUUGUUCACCCAAUUCAUGAUCAAGUUUUCUACUUAACCACGUAUCACAAGAAAAAACUCAAGCAAGAGUUUGGCAUUGAACCUUGGACGUUUGUGCAAAAACUUGGAGAAGCAGUUCUCAUACCUGCUGGGUGUCCCCAUCAAGUUAGAAAUCUGAAGUCUUGUAUAAAGGUUGCUCUCGAUUUUGUUUCACCUGAAAAUGUGGGCGAGUGCAUGCGCUUGACCAAGGAAUUUCGUAUUCUUCCCCAAAAACACAGGGCUAAAGAGGACAAGUUGGAGGUGAAGAAGAUGGCUUUAUAUGCACUGGAGAAGGCUGUAGCUGAUCUAAAUGACCUUGAAUGUAAUGACAGAGCCCAGGUGCAGCAACCACAUUCGAGUAGUGAGCACGAUCCUGUUCAAACUAAAUAGAUGGUGGAGUAGUUCCAUUAUGUUGGUGUACUGUACAUAUGGUUGUGAACCACCUGACUAUCUGGUAAUCAUGAAAAGAGUGCCGCAAAUGACUCCUUUGUAUCAUCUAAUCUCAACUGUCAUCAGCCAAAAAUUUGGAUGUACAUUAGCCCUGAUGCAUCUUACAGCUCCAACUUAGAAGCCACUAAGAGACCUUGGGGAUGUACACAGUAAUAUGAAAUGAUUUUUGUUUCACAGGGUUAACGUCUUCUUUUGAAUACAUUUGCGGACCUGAUUUAUUGGGUUUCCUUUUAAAUUCAUUGAUGUUUUGCCUUAACCCUCUCAUUUUGUACACAAAACAAACGUGCUACCAAGCAUGUCCGACCUCCCUCCUAUUGUUAAGCUAAUCCCCGUUGGCAAUUGGGUGAUUUCUGCUACUAGUUCACUGCUUGGACAAAGUAUGUGUCUGUUCUCCUUUGUUUAUGAUAUUGU